AACCCCGGUGAAAUUUCUUGUAAGUUUUCUCCUUUAAAUUCCAUCGAAUCCAAUUCAAACCCUAAAAAUAAAUUCCCCCAAAAUCCAAAUAUAUCCCAGUACCAAAUUCUUAUAACCAAACAAAGAAACCUUAUAAUAAUAAUAAUUGUUGAUACAAGAAGCAAGAAGGAAGGAAAGAUGGUGUUGGCGGAAUUAGGAGGGAGCAUAUCACGUGCACUGCAGCAGAUGAGCAAUGCAACAAUCAUAGAUGAGAAAGUCUUGAAUGAUUGUUUGAAUGAAAUCACACGCGCUCUUCUUCAGUCUGAUGUCCAGUUUAAGCUUGUUCGCGAUAUGCAGACCAACAUCAAGAACAUUGUCAAUCUCGAUGAUCUUGCUGCUGGUCAUAACAAGCGUAAAAUCAUCCAACAAGCUAUAUUUAAUGAGCUCUGCAAGAUGUUGGAUCCUGGAAAGCCUUCUUUCACACCCAAGAAAGGCAAAACAAGUGUCGUCAUGUUUGUUGGUCUACAAGGUUCUGGAAAAACGACAACUUGUACGAAAUAUGCAUAUUACCACCAGAAGAAGGGAUGGAAACCAGCUUUGGUAUGUGCAGAUACGUUCAGGGCUGGUGCUUUUGAUCAGCUGAAACAGAAUGCAACAAAAGCGAAAAUUCCUUUUUAUGGAAGCUAUAUGGAGUUAGACCCCGCGAAAAUUGCUAUGGAAGGUGUUGAGAGGUUUAAAAAGGAAAACUGUGAUCUUAUUAUUGUUGAUACUAGUGGUCGACAUAAGCAGGAAGUGGCGCUCUUUGAGGAGAUGCGUCAAGUUGCUGAAGCAACGAAACCGGACCUUGUUAUCUUUGUCAUGGAUAGCAGUAUUGGUCAAGCUGCAUUUGAUCAAGCUCAAGCUUUUAAGCAAAGCGUUGCUGUUGGAGCUGUAAUAGUGACUAAAAUGGAUGGCCAUGCAAAGGGAGGUGGUGCUCUUAGUGCAGUUGCAGCAACAAAAAGUCCGGUCAUUUUUAUUGGUACUGGAGAACAUAUGGAUGAAUUUGAGGUUUUUGAUGUUAAACCUUUUGUCAGCCGCCUUUUAGGAAUGGGUGAUUGGUCUGGAUUCAUGGACAAGAUUCAUGAAGUGGUUCCUAUGGAUCAGCAGCCUGAGCUUCUGCAAAAGCUCUCUGAGGGAAAUUUCACAUUGAGAAUUAUGUAUGAGCAAUUUCAUAAUAUACUCAAGAUGGGUCCUAUCGGUCAGGUUUUCUCCAUGCUUCCUGGAUUUAGUUCUGAAUUAAUGCCAAAGGGCCAAGAAAAAGAAAGCCAAGCAAAGAUUAAACGCUACAUGACGAUGAUGGACUCAAUGACUGAUGACGAGUUGGAUAGCACGAACCCAAAGAUAAUGAAUGAGUCAAGAAUCAUGAGGAUAGCAAGGGGAUCUGGUCGUCAAGUGAGGGAAGUGAUGGAUAUGCUGGAAGAGUAUAAACGGCUUGCCAAGAUCUGGAGCAAGAUGAAAGGCCUUAAGAUCCCCAAGAAAGGAGAUAUGAGUGCCUUGUCUAGAAAUAUGAAUGCACAACACAUGAGUAAAGUCCUUCCACCUCAAAUGCUGAAGCAAAUCGGCGGCAUGGGUGGCUUACAAAAUUUGAUGAAACAAAUGGGUUCAAAUAAGGACAUGAUGGGCAUGUUUGGAGGUGGUGAUAAGUAGAUAAUAGUCAUAUAGUAAAUUUUGCAUCCUUUGUAAGUACCAUGAAUGUGUUUUAUGAUGAUAUACAUGGAUUUUAUUUUUAUUUUCA